CGGAGCGUGCAGGGGGGCGCUAAUGACAAGGAUUUCACCCCUUCACUAUAAACACAUCCCUCGGCUUUCAGCAGAGGAAAACAUUUGCACAAUGUCUGGCCGUCGCGAUCCCAGGCCAUGACAGCGGUUCACGUCGGACAGAGUCAAAGAAAACCUCGCAGCUGCCUUAUUUUCGACGCGGACCGCCUCGCCGGAACCGAACCUCGACAUCAAAUUACGGAGCCGCUCUGCCUGCCUCCGAACUAACCAUGCUAACGUUAGCCAGCUAGCUAGCACUUUUCCAACACUUUGCAUUUGAAAGAGGAGGUGAUUGAGUGAGCUAUCGAGGUGUCGAAACUCUAUUCUCUAUUUGUCGUCGUGUCUGAUAGGCUUGGGCUUGCUGCAGAUGUCAAAAAGACGCGGAACGAGCCGUAACUGAUUCGAGUUAAAUGCCCCUUUAGCAGCUGCUGUAACGGUAAUCGUGUGUCACAGUUGAGCUAGCCAGUUUGCUAGCCGAGCAGUUGUUUUUGAAUGGGGUGCAGUUUCUGUAAUUGUCGCUAAACUAAACCGGCUGGGGUAACCUUACACAUCGGUCACCAGUUUUGGAAGACGCUGUCAGACGUAAGAUUCAAGAAAUGGUUCUAAGGAGUUGCUGGAAAUCUCGACACAAGAUCGCCGGACCUGCUCACUGCUGGAUGCGACCCGGCUUCGCUGCCCUGCUGUGGCUGUGCCUGACCCAGUUUGGAUCCGGUAGCGGGGCGGUGGGAGAGACCAAAUCCGUGGUCCAGAAAGAUGCGGAGUUUGAUGUCACCUACAAUGACACGGUUACAAGUGACAACCAGACCAUCUAUGCUUUUAAUCACACCAUCUCCAGGAAUAAGACGGAGGGGGUACGUGUGACUGUGGACGUGCUGUCAGAGGGAUUGGAGAGCCCUAUCCUUUUUGUGGUACGGCAAAAACAGGCUGUGCUAUCCUUCCAGGUCCCACUCAUCCUAAGAGGCCUGUACCAGAGGAAGUACCCGUAUGCCCAUGUGGGCCGGACGCUGUGCCAGCCUCCAACCCGGGCCGCCUCUGAAACCCAGUACUUCUUUGUGGAUGUGUCUACCCUGUCCAGCCUGGGUACACACUAUCAGCUCAGGGUCAGCCGCGUCGACAGCUUCACCCUGCAGACAGACAAGAAAUUCAGCUUUACUGCCUCGCCAUCUCAGCCACAGUACUUCAAGUAUGUUUUUCCUGAUGGCGUUGACACCGUGAUCGUCAAAGUCAGCUCAGAGAUGAACUUCCCCUGCUCCGUCAUGUCCAUCCAGGACAUCCAGUGCCCUGUGUAUGAUCUUGACAACAAUGUGGCCUUCAUUGGGAUGUACCAGACCAUGACCAAGAAAGGUGCCAUCACCGUGCAGAGAAAGGAUUUCCCCAGCAACAGCUUCUACGUGGUGGUCGUGGUGAAAACAGAGGACGAGGCGUGUGGAGGUCCACUGCGCUUCUACCCCCUCCGCCCUGAUGAGCUGAUCAACGCCGGCAACCGCACCAAGGUCCUCGAUGUGGUGGUCUCUCCCGCCAUCAACUCGGAGGUGUACGUGAUGGGUAUGCUGUUCUGUCUGGGCAUCUUCCUGUCCUUCUAUCUGCUCACCUUCCUGGUGGCCUGUCUCCAAAACAAGCGAAUGAACAAGAGAGAGGCGCUUCUGAAUCCUGCCGACAUGUCGCCCGCAGAGACAGCCUCUCUGCUUGGAAAGACUCCAGCCUCACCAUAUGAAUACGGCUCCUUUGCUGACAAUGGCAGCACGCUGAGUUCAGAGGCCGUGACUGACAGCGCCACUUCAACCGACAAUAACUACGGCUACAUGGAGCGCUCGCUGGACAGUGUUGGGCGAAGCCGGCAGGAGUCUCUGAGCUCGGUGGAGGAGGAUGACUACGACACGCUGGCUGACAUCGAUUCAGAUAAAAACAUUGUACGCACCAAGAAAUUCCUGUGUGUGUCUGACCUGGCCCGCAAAGACAAGAGGAUCCUCAGCAAGAAAUACCAAAUCUACUUUUGGAACAUCGCCACUAUCGCUGUGUUCUACGCCUUGCCAGUCAUCCAGCUGGUCAUCACCUAUCAAACAGUUGUUAACGUCACAGGAAACCAGGACAUCUGCUACUAUAACUUCCUGUGUGCUCACCCACUGGGAGCUCUAAGUGCGUUCAACAACAUCCUCAGCAACCUGGGUUAUGUGAUGCUGGGACUGCUCUUCCUCCUCAUCGUCCUCAAGAGAGACAUCGUUCACAAUCGUGCCCUGCUCCGCAAUGACCUCAAUGCGCUGGAGUGUGGUAUCCCAAAGCACUUUGGUCUGUUCUACGCCAUGGGAACAGCUCUAAUGAUGGAGGGCCUGCUCAGCGCCUGUUACCACGUCUGUCCAAACUACACCAACUUUCAGUUUGACACCUCUUUCAUGUACAUGAUAGCCGGGCUGUGCAUGCUGAAGCUGUAUCAGAAGAGGCACCCGGACAUCAAUGCCAGCGCUUACACUGCCUACGCCUGCCUGGCUGCUGUCAUCUUCUUCUCUGUGCUGGGAGUGGUAUUUGGGAAAGGCAACAUGGUGUUUUGGAUCGUGUUUUCAGUGAUCCACAUCCUGGCCACCCUCCUCCUCAGCACCCAGCUCUACUACAUGGGCCGAUGGAGGCUCGACUCGGGGAUCCUGCGCAGGAUGGUGUACGUCAUUUACACAGACUGCAUCAGACAAUGCAGCGGACCCAUGUACAUUGAUCGCAUGGUUCUGCUCGUGAUGGGGAACAUCAUCAACUGGUCUCUGGCUGCUUACGGUCUCAUAGAGAGACCUAAUGACUUUGCGUCCUACCUGUUGGCCAUCGCCAUCUGUAACCUGCUCCUCUACUUUGCCUUUUACAUCAUUAUGAAGCUGCGGAGCGGAGAGCGAAUCCAGUGUCUGGCAUUAGUGUGUAUUCUCUUCACGGCCGUGGUGUGGGGCUUCGCACUGUUUUUCUUCUUCCAGGGCCUCAGCACCUGGCAGAAAACUCCAGCAGAGUCUCGUGAGCACAACAGGGACUGUAUCCUGCUCUCGUUCUUUGACGACCACGACAUUUGGCACUUCCUGUCCUCCAUCGCCAUGUUUGGAUCCUUCCUGGUCCUCCUGACUAUGGAUGAUGACCUCGACACCGUCCAGAGAGACAAGAUCUAUGUCUUCUAGAUCUGUCAGAUCCACAACGAGGAGCUCAGCUCUUCCUCUCUGCCUUAUUGCCUCACUCUCGUCUCUUUCUAGCAUUUUGUUCUUAAAAGAAAAAACAGCCAGUAGUCCGUCUCCAGAGCUGUGAUGUGGGCUUGUCUCAGCCUCUCACAGCCAAUCACAAGUUAGGGAGGGGUGAUAAUCCUUCCCUCCAUCCGUCCCUCCCUCCACCUGUAUGGACACUGGACGUGCCAAUCAAGAGUUGGGUCAAGCUCAAGUGAUGUUGAAGUUUUUUGUUGUCUUGCUGCCACCAUCGAUAUAACUGUUGUAAUUGAUGUUUACUUAUCGCUGACGAUGAAGAUGAUAAUGUACGCUCUUGCUAAGAAAAAAGAAAAAUGGUUCAUAUUAACUUAUUUUAUACUGUCUGCAUUACAUUUUACCUACAAGUCAACAAUGCAUUUUGAAAUGAUGCUGUUUGUAUGCUGUAUGUUUAUACGCUGUGUGCAAGAGUUUGUAAAAGUGUGUGUGUGUGUGUGAGUGUGUGAGUGUUCAAACAUUAAUAUGUGUGAGAAUAUUAUUCCUGUUCAGUCUGUCAGUGGCCUUUAAUGUUCUAAUCAUGUUAGUCUGAUACUGUACUCUGAUUGGUCAGAUUCUCAAGAUACCCAUCCUCCUCCAUGGAGAAUAUCGCUGAUGAUGAUGAUUGUAUUCUACUUAACUUCCUUAGAGUCUAAGAAAGUAUUUUUUGCACUGUAUGGUAUGGGAAAACAAUGAUUACAAUGUCAAAAACAAUGCAAAGGCACGGUUACUGAAUAAAGGUCUUGUUUUCAUA